CGUCUAUCGUAGUAUCGUACAGAGAGAUUCAAAGCUUGAGAAGGAAGACAGGUUUCGACAUCUCUGAAAAUCAGAAAUCUAAACAAUCGCUAUAGUGGAUACCAAGAUUGGGGGAGUUGGUAGCUUACGCUGAGAGAAGCCAUGUCCAGGUCUCUCCUUCUCCGUCUUACGCCUUUCAUCUCCGCACGGAUUCGAUACAAUCAAAGACUUCUUAGCUCUGCUCUCGAUAGAGCUCCAUCUGAAGCUCAAGAAGCCGUACACAUGACGGAUGAUUGCAUUCGAAGAAUGAAAGAACUGCAAGCAUCUGUAGAGGAUAAAAUGCUUCGGCUGAGUGUAGAGACCGGUGGAUGUUCUGGGUUUCAAUAUGUAUUUUUGUUGGAUGACAAAACUAAUGCAGAUGACAGAGUUUUUGAGAAGGAUGGUGUUAAGCUGGUGGUCGAUAAAAUUUCAUACGACUUUGUCAAAGGUGCAACUGUUGAUUAUGUUGAAGAGCUUAUUCGAUCAGCUUUCCUGGUAACUUCAAAUCCGAGUGCAGUGGGCGGUUGUAGUUGUAAAAGCUCUUUUAUGGUGAAAUAGAAUUUCUUGCAGGUCAAUGAAGCUAAAUGAUAUUCAUCCUUACUGAUAAUUAAUUGAAAUUAAAAGAUGUCUACAUUGUAUCUUGUUAUCUAUCACAAGUAAUAUCAGUCUACUUCCCAUUGUAAUUCAAGCAAUUCUGCUGGCUAUUGUACUCAUCUGCUUCCAUCAUUAGGUCCAGUCUACUUGGGUUCUUGCAUUGGAGAACAUGGGAGUAUUUCUGGUACUGUAAUUUUGUAAUGUUGAUUUAUUGACAGUGAGUUUUGAG